CUCCGUUCCGCAGCGGGGCGGUGAGGGGUACCGGGAGCACGGACCGGUGCCCGCAGAGGAGUGGAGCUGCCCUGCCUCCCGUUACUGCCUGCCUCCAUGGCUCCCGGGCAAGGGAGAGAUCGGGGAGACUGCUGCUGCUGAGCAUCACAGCACUGCUUUAAACUCAGCCUCAACUUACACAGCCAACGAGGAUGGCAACGCUGCUGGAGCUGCUGAGCAGCCAAGAGAGCCGGGGAACCUGGGUUUUGUCUGCCACUAUCUAAUAAAUGGGAGUAAAAUGGAAUUGCUUACCUGGGUUUUUCCUGCCCUGGUCCUACUGUGCACCCAGCAGCACAGAUGUAUCAGAGCUAUGACUGACAUUGGAGAUUACAUAGGUUCCAACAUCGAAAUAUCCUGGUUACCCAACCUGGAUGAUUUAAUGAAAGGGUAUGCACGUAACUUCAGGCCUGGGAUUGGAGGUCCGCCUGUUAAUGUUGCUCUCGCAAUUGAAGUAGCCAGCAUCGACCACAUCUCAGAAGUAAACAUGGAAUAUACCAUGACAGUAUUCCUGCACCAGAGCUGGCGAGAUGAACGCCUGUCCUACAACCACACCAAUGAGACACUGGGCCUGGACAGCCGGUUUGUGGACAAACUCUGGCUGCCAGAUACUUUCAUAGUAAAUGCCAAAUCUGCCUGGUUCCAUGAUGUGACAGUAGAAAACAAACUUAUCAGGCUCCAGCCAGAUGGAGUCAUAUUAUACAGCAUCAGGAUUACCUCAACAGUGGCCUGUGACAUGGACCUUUCCAAGUAUCCGAUGGAUGAGCAAGAAUGCAUGUUGGAUUUGGAGAGCUAUGGCUACUCUUCAGAGGACAUAGUUUACCACUGGUCAGAAAACCAGGAGGAGAUCCAUGGGCUGGAUAAGCUGCAGCUUGCUCAGUUCACAAUUACCAACUACCAGUUCACAACAGAAAUUAUGAACUUCAAAUCUGCAGGUCAGUUUCCCAGGCUAAGUCUCCACUUCCACCUUCGCCGAAAUCGAGGAGUUUACAUCAUUCAGUCUUAUGUUCCUUCUAUCUUACUCGUGGCCAUGUCGUGGGUGUCUUUCUGGAUCAGUCAGUCAGCUGUGCCUGCCCGAGUGUCAUUAGGUAUAACUACUGUUCUCACUAUGACUACAUUGAUGGUCAGUGCCCGAUCUUCGCUUCCACGAGCAUCUGCCAUUAAGGCACUUGAUGUUUACUUCUGGAUUUGCUAUGUAUUUGUCUUCGCUGCACUAGUUGAAUAUGCAUUUGCACAUUUCAAUGCUGACUACAUGAAAAAGCAGAAGAACAAGCUAAAGGCAAGAAGGCAGAGUGCAGAGAUAAACGUGAAGAAUGCCAUUGUUCUGUUUUCCCUUUCCAUAGCUGGUGUCAGCCAGGAGCUGGCCAUUUCCAACAGGCAGCAUCGAAUUCCCAGAAGCCUGCCUGGAUCUUACGGCACAAUAGAAAUAGAAACUGGAGAGACAAAACAGCGGCAAAUAAUGAAACUGGAUAAGAAGAGUGGUCUGAAGUCCCUCUUUAAGCCCAUUGAUGCCGAUACCAUUGAUAUAUAUGCUAGAGCCGUGUUCCCAGCAGCCUUUGCAGCAGUCAAUGUUAUAUACUGGGUUGCAUACACAAUGUGAAGAACUACAAACUGAACAAUGCCUAUGGACUAAACUGCCCUUGCAGAAACUGUACGGAUCUAUCUGUUCUCAACAGAGCUUGAGGUACUUCUAAAGUCAAGAAAGUCCUGCUAUCAAUUCCUACUAAAACCAGCAAUUUAUUACCCAUCUGAUUUGAGACAGUAAUUACUGUACUCUGCCAAACAAUCCCAUCUCCUAAUUUCCUGGAUUACCAUGAGACAGUUUUUCAUAUGUACAUAUUUGCAGCAAAAGCUUAAAUCUUAAGUUACCAUAGUUUCCUCCACUUUAAGGGUUGAUCAGUAAUGAAGAUUUGGCUUUUCACACUUAGAUCCUUUCCUUUUUUGUAAUAGAAGAGAUAAUCCCUCACUUCCACACAGGAGUAGUUUUCUGCAUUCGGCCUUCUGUGGGGUGGUCCAGGUUUAACAGUAGUGGUGGAGGUUUUAAUCAUAAAAAUCUCACAAACAAAGUAAAAGGGAAUAGAGCGGACUGGGGGCUUUUUCAUAAUUAUUUGUCUUGGAUAGAGUAUUGAAAGCAUUUCAGUGCUCUUAGUGACAGCAUGAAAUAAAAUAUACUGCAUAACAUUCUA